AUGUGGAGUGGGAGAGAGAGGGGAGGUGGAGGAAGCGGAGAGAUAGAUAUAGAUGUGGAUUUGGAGAGAGAAGGGAGGUGGAGGAAGAGGAGAGAUAGAUGUAGAGUGGGAGAGAGAGGGGAGAUGAGGAAGAGGAGAGAUAGAGGUGGAGUGGGAGAGAGAGGGGAGGUGGAGAGGAGGGAGAGGAGAAAGAGAGAGGAUGAAGUGGAGAGAGAGAGACGGGGAGUGGGAGAGAAAAGAGAGGGGGAGAGGAGGGUGAGGAGAAAGAGAAAGGGGAGGUGGAGGAGGAGGGGAGGAGGAGAGAGAGACGGGGAGCGGGAGAGAGAGGGCAGGAGGAGGAGAGAGACGGGGAGUGGGAGAGAGAGGGCAGGAGGGGGAGAGACACGGGGAGUGGGAGAGAGAGGGCAGGAGGAGGAGAGACACGGGGAGUGGGCGAGAGAGGGCAGGAGGAGGAGAGAGACGGGGAAUGGGAGAGAGAGGGAGGAGGAGGAGGAGGGAGACGGGGAGUGGGCGAGAGAGGGAGGAGGAGGAGAGAGACGGGGAGUGGGAGAGAGAGGGCAGGAGGAGAGAGACGUUGAGUGGGAGAGAGAGGGUGGAGGAGAGGAGGGAGAGGAGGAAGAGAGAGUGGAGGAGGAGGAAUGA